AUGCCACUGGGGGGGUUUGCGGGUCUAAAGGAGAAGCUCAGACCAGGAAAGGAGGAGUUGAAGAACAAUGUGGGUGACUCUCUGGGGAACCUACAAAAGAAGAUCGAUGGAACUAAUGUGUCUGAAGAGAACAACAUUGAGCUGACAGAGGAUGGUCAGCCAGUGGCAGCCCCUAAACGUAGCCCACCUUUGUUGGACUGUGGCUGUUUUGGUCUUCCCAAACGUUACAUCAUUGCCGUCCUCAGUGGCCUUGGUUUCUGCAUCUCAUUUGGCAUCCGCUGCAACCUGGGUGUUGCCAUAGUAGAAAUGGUCAACAACAACACGGUCUACAUCAAUGGGACUCCCGUCAUGCAGCCAGCUCAGUUCAAUUGGGAUCCAGAGACAGUGGGUUUGAUACAUGGCUCUUUUUUCUGGGGCUACAUUGUCACUCAAAUCCCUGGAGGAUUCAUCUCCAAUAAGCUAGCAGCUAACAGGGUGUUUGGGGCAGCAAUUUUUUUGACGUCAGUGCUAAACAUGUUUAUUCCAUCAGCUGCCAGGGACCACUAUGGAUGUGUCAUGUUUGUGCGAAUCUUACAAGGACUGGUGGAGGGUGUCACUUAUCCAGCUUGCCAUGGGAUGUGGAGCAAAUGGGCUCCUCCACUGGAGAGAAGCCGUCUGGCUACUACCUCUUUCUGUGGAUCUUAUGCAGGGGCUGUGAUAGCCAUGCCACUGGCUGGAGUAUUAGUGCAGUACGUGGGCUGGCCCUCUGUGUUCUACAUAUAUGGUGUGUUUGGCAUUAUAUGGUAUACAUUCUGGCUCCUGUUAGCUUAUGAUAGCCCAGCGAUACACCCCACCAUCAGUGAUGAAGAGAGGACAUAUAUAGAGACCUCUAUAGGGGAGGGAGCCAGUUUAACAAGUGCUACUGAGAAAUUCAAAACUCCCUGGCGUAAAUUCUUUACAUCUAUGCCUGUCUAUGCCAUUAUUGUGGCAAACUUCUGCCGCAGCUGGACCUUUUACCUCCUGCUCAUUAGUCAGCCAGCUUACUUUGAAGAGGUCUUUGGGUUCCCCAUCAGUAAGGUGGGCAUUUUGUCAGCUGUGCCCCACAUGGUGAUGACUAUCAUAGUACCGAUUGGAGGUCAGCUGGCUGACUUCUUGAGGAGUCGGAAAAUCCUCUCUACUACAACAGUGCGCAAAAUCAUGAACUGUGGAGGUUUUGGCAUGGAGGCCACGUUACUGCUGGUGGUGGGGUUCUCACACACACGUGCAGUGGCUAUCUCAUUUCUCAUCCUGGCUGUGGGCUUCAGUGGAUUUGCGAUAUCAGGUUUUAACGUAAAUCAUCUAGACAUAGCUCCUCGCUAUGCCAGUAUUCUUAUGGGCAUCUCCAAUGGAGUGGGUACCCUGUCUGGUAUGGUAUGCCCUCUCAUCGUUGGAGCACUCACCAAACACAAGACUCGCCUGGAAUGGCAACAUGUUUUUAUUAUUGCCUCCAUGGUGCAUUACACUGGCGUGAUCUUCUAUGCCAUCUUUGCCUCUGGUGAGAAGCAGGAUUGGGCUGAUCCUGAGAGCACUAGUGAUGAGAAAUGCGGCAUCAUUGGGGAAGAUGAGCUGGCUGAUGAGAUGGAGCCCAGCAGUGACAGUGCCCUGGCAACUAAGAAGAAGACCUAUGGAACCUCAGACAACUCCUCAGGAAGCAAGCAAGGCUGGAAGAAGAAGAGAGGGGUGACCAUGCAAGACGAUGAAAAUCACGGAUCAAAUCAUUAUGAAAAUGGUGAAUUUCAAAACCAGUAUCAAUGACAUUCUAGACAUCAAAAGCCUGCCCCCUUAUCCAAAGAGUGGUGAGGUGCUGGAAUAUUUAUUCAGAAAACGGCAAAGAAAACCCCAUCCUGGAACAACAACAUUCCAUUUGACAUUCAACACAGUUGAAGAGUAUAUUUUAUUUCCUUAAUAAUUUCACCCUGCUGUAGAACCUGAUGAAGGUACAGUAACAUGAGAACUACAGUAUCAAUGUUCUCUGCAUAUUUAUUUUGAUGGAGGAGAUUCUUAGCCUUAGAUCUGGAAUGUACAUGCAGUUACUUCAAAAAGAAUUUGGACCUUUUGAGGCAUUCUUAAAAUGUAUGAAUUUCAUUCAUUAGAUAAAAAUUAAACCAAAAUGAUUUUCUAAGGCAUUUUUGAAAUAUUUAGAGGAUUAAGAGGUAAAAAGUUUACGCAGGAGUCCUAGCAUAGUAACCAUGGAUAUAUUCAUCAUAUUAACCAUGGACAUGUUCCACAACAUUUGACAACCAAAUUGUGUCCAAAUAUUUUCUCGUGCUCAUUUUUAACAGAAUAUCUUCUAGUACAUCUAGAAUGUACUUGUGCUAUUUUAAGGUAAAGCUACUUGUUUUAGCUUUGGGGGGAAUUUAGUGGGGCAUUGACAUUCAUUUUUUAAGUAUCCAAAUACUUUUUGGGGACACUUUAAUUCAGCCUAGUAACUUAACUAGAAUAAAUAAACAGAUGCAAAAGAACAUUGCUUUAAAGUUAAACAGAAGAUCAAAAAUAUUUCCGAAUAAAUUCAUCUCCAUUUAUAUCCUAUUUUGCUCCAAAAUCUUUAUAUAUUUACAAUACUACUGGCAGACAGCAGAAUAUGCAUAAUUUAUUUUGUAUUUUAUUUUCCUUUGCUGUCAGCUAUGCAAAGGAAGCAGAUGUAUAGUGCUUAAACAGUUAAGGAGUCACAAUUUUGUUUUGGAGAAACCCUCUCUCUGUGCCCCCACGGCUUUUCUUGCAUGCAGUUGUGCAACCUCCACAGACCUCUUUGGUGACUUUGAUUAACAAGUCUCAGAAAAUAUAAUUUACUGUAUUAUCAUGGUACAAAUUAUUGAUGGUGUGGUCUGAAAAAUGAAUGUAUAUUUUAUUUAGUAGAAUGCUUUUUAAAAUGUAUUUUGUCCAUUUAAUAUCUCACAGUUCAGUAAGUUUAUCAUGUGCUUGGAUUGGUGUUAAUGUU